CCGAUUGCUUAAAUUAUCUUAAAUUAUCUUGUAGUUUCAAAGAUUUAAAAUCUCGUUUGAGCAUUUCCCUGCUGAGUUGUACCUGGAAUAUUUUCUGGAAUUCUUCUCCUAGCUUUCUCUUCUUCUCUGUAGAACUGGCAGCGAUUUUAGUGGAAGUAUUUUUGUUUGUUGCAUGGACUUUACCUAAACAGUUUUUGUAUCAAGUUGGUGUCUUGAGGUAACUUUUGUAUCACAGGAAACCAUGAGUUCCUUAGUCAUAAAUCCAAUGGGAGACUCCAGUAAUGCAGGCUUUGAUAUAAUCCAAAACCGCAUUGAGUCCCUGAGUGGCAAGAUGGACAAACUCAUCAACAUUCAAGAAAAGGUCCUCAGUCGACUGGAUGGGAUGUCACAAGAAAUCGAUGAUAUUGAGCAGGAUAUGGAGCAAAUCAAGGUGGACAAGGAGGAGAUCCAUUUCUCCCCAAGGGUGGUGAACCAGACCCAGGUGAUGGGGCGGGAGGUGAGGCAGAUCUGCAAGGAGAUGAGCACCAUCAUGUCUGUAGUCAACCAGCGGUCCGAGCAGCAGGCCCAAAAGCUAGAGGGAAUGGAGAAGCUGGUCCUUAGCAUGCAGCAGGUCAUCGGCUUCAUUGGUGAGACGGUGAAGUGUUCAAAGGUGAUGGAGAUGAUGUUCAAAGGUCCAGCAACUCGGAAAACCUCCAGGAACAAAGACAGUAAAGGGAAGCAGGCAACCAAAAGGAAAGCAUCCACAGAGACGGUUACAAAGAAGCCUGACAAGAAAACUACCUCUAGCAAAGGCAGUAAAUGGAAACAAGCGAUAACUCCUGCAUGUCAGCCAAGUUCUCUGCAGCCCCAUUACAAGAUAAAGCUCCAUGGACCAAAGCAUUUCCUCGCAUCACGUAAAUGUGGAAGCUUUGGGAAAGACCACAAGAGCAAAGAUGGGGGAGAAAAACCAUGUUUGGGCCAGAAGAGCCUGAAAGCUCAAAAGAAGAUGAAACCUCCAGAUGCAGCAGAUAAUAUUUCGCCAAAGAAGCAGGCUUUGCUUCUUGAAGAAGUGCAGAAACUAAACAGAGAGAACACAGAAAAAACAGGUCAGCUGUUUCUGCAGCUGGAUCUGGAGUCUGGGGUGACCCCUAAAGACGAGCAACCAGAGGCCCCCACUUGCAACCUGGUGGACUAUGUGCAUGAAGAUUCCCAACCUGCUGUGGCUGAGGAACGUGAGGCUGCAGGUGUUAUUGAGGAGCAAAUAGAGGAAGAGGAAACUAAGGUAAAAGCAGUGCCAGUGGAUGAUGUAGUGCAAAAGAAAGCAGCAGAAGAAGAAAAGCCCAAAGUUCCCGAGGAACAACAGAAAGAAAAUAUUUCUGCUUCUGAAGAACAAAUAGAAGACUCCAAGAUGCCCUCUUCCGAUGUAGAUGAAAAAGAGGAGAUUGUUACCAGCGACGACCACAAGGAUGCAACACCGUGCACAGAGACUGAGCAGGACCAGGUCACUGAGACAAAACAAGACAAGAAUGAGGAAAGAGAAGAGCAGCAGAAAGAGGAGGAUGAUGAUGAGAGCUGUGAGCAUGGAGACUGGGCUUGCUUCAAGGCAGAUGGAAUUCAAAUCCAGUUCAACCUUAAAGAAAAGUUGGAGAAGGGAAAACUGGAGAAUGCUGACGAGAAAACGAUCGAUGACGAUCAAAGUGAGCGGUUCUUCAUCGACACCACUCCUCCUCCGGCAGCUCCUUUUAAUCAUCGCAUUGUGUCUGCUAAGCCAAACCAGAUCAGAAACUUUUACACAAUCAACUGGCAAGAGGUCCUAGGCGGGGGCCGGUUCGGUCAGGUGCACAAAUGUGUUGAAAACUCCUCAGGUCUCACUUUGGCAGCGAAGGUCAUUAAAGCUCGAAGCCAGAAAGAAAAGGACAUGGUGAAGAAUGAGAUCCAGGUCAUGAAUAAUCUGGACCAUGCCAACCUGAUCCAGCUCUAUGCAGCUUAUGAGUCAAGGAAUGACAUCAUCCUUGUACUUGAAUAUGUUGGUGGAGGGGAACUCUUUGACAGGAUUAUUGAUGAAAACUACACUUUGAUGGAGUUGGAUGCUGUGGUGUUCAUCCGACAGAUCUGCGAGGGCCUUCAGCAUAUGCACAAAAUGUCGAUACUGCACCUAGAUUUAAAGCCAGAAAACAUUUUGUGCGUGAGCAGAGUGACCAACAAGAUUAAGAUAAUUGAUUUUGGCCUCGCUAGGAUAUAUAAACCACGGGAGAAAUUAAAGGUGAAUUUUGGAACUCCAGAGUUUCUAGCUCCUGAGGUCGUCAACUACGACUUUGUGUCGUUCAACACAGACAUGUGGAGCCUUGGUGUCAUAACUUACAUGCUCCUGAGCGGUUUGUGUCCCUUCCUUGGCGAUGAUGACAAUCAGACUUUAAACAACAUCUUGGCUUGUCAGUGGAACUUUGAGGAACAGGAGUUUGCAGAUACUUCAGUGGAAGCAAAAGACUUUAUCACGAGGCUCCUUGUAAUGAAUAAAACCUGGAGGAUGGGGGCCUGCGAGGCAUUAAGGCAUCCAUGGUUAUCCGACUCUGUUCUUCAUCAUCGUCUCUAUACAAAGAAAAAUAUGUGCAGAUCACGCAGAUCAUCAUGCGUGCCCCUGAUUGGUAUAUAAGAUCUGGACAGGAACGAGAUGGCUCCUGAUGUGGCAACUUGGACCAACCCUUUUUGUCAGUGAAAUCUUCUAGACUCCUCGAAAUCCAACUGAAGCACCUGAGAUGUGGAUUGAUUUUCUGGUUACGUGUAAUCCCGUAUGCUCUAAGAAUGUGAAAUGUACUCUCACCUGGUUUAGUUUAUUCACUUUGCUAGUUUGUAAAGCCACACAUUAUCCUUUUUUGUUUAUUCAAAUAGAUAUUUGUGGAAACACUCCUGUCAUGCAACUUUUCUAAAGUUCGUAAUGUUUAUUCAUUUCUAAAACGUUGUCAGGGAUCUGCCAUAGGGAUGUACUUUAUGAAUUUUACUAAUUUCUGUCCGUAUUUUAGUAUCUAAAAAAUGGUGCUAUAAGUAUCUAAUGAAUCAUUAUAUAUUAUAUACUUGAGGCUGAUUUGUGUGCCAUCUUUGCUUUUAUUAGAAGUGCAUGACUGGCUUGAGGCUUCACUUUCAAAUAUUACUUCUUUUGGUUUAUAUCUAGCUAAAAUGUGGCAAAAAUGUUUUGUGUGGCUUUCUUUUUUUUUUUUUGCAAAAGACUUAGACAUGCUAAGAAAAGGUCUACUGAUAUUAUUGCAUAACAGUAUACGUUUAUUUUUAACUCCUUUGUCAACUUAGCAACCCUAAAAACUAUGUAAGAAAAGUACAUCUUUUGUUGCUGUAGCAUAAUUUCACAUGACAAAUAUUAAGAAAAUCUGACAUGUAAUCAAAGUACGUUAAUUUUGUAGAUAUAACCAAAUUGUUAUUGUACAACUUACACUUGAGUAUAUUUAUAUUUAUACAUUGAUAUAUUUUUUAGGUUGAUCACAGUUUAGAGGAGUCUUUAAAUAGUAAUCCAAAACGUCUCCUGUGGUCUGGAUGUGAUGUGACAAAGUGAGGGAUUAAACCUUUUAGAAAAGUCUAGCCUUUUUUAUGAAUGUAAUAAUUGUUCAAUGGGGAAAAAAUACAUAAAAAAAAGGAUUUAAUCACAACCAGUAAUGCAAUAUUCAUUAAUAUUUUCAACAAUUCAAAGAGGUAACUAAAGUAUUUCUCAAAAUGCCUACCCUUUUCCAAUCAAGUGAUGGAGGACUUGAGGGACAUUUUAAAUAAGUAAUCCCUGACUUCAUCUUUCCCAAACAACAUAUGCAACAAAGAGGCGCUUUUUUUUGAGCCACUAUUCAAAAUAGACAAGACAAGUGAGCAUUCCAUUUAAGUAAAGCCAAUGUUUGUUGAUCUUCAUAAAUCAGGACAUGACAAA